AUGAAGGGGGGGGGGGUGUAUGAGGUUAUGGUGUUAUGUGAGAGGUUGGGGUGGAUGGGGAGGAUUGUGGGUGUUAUUGUUUUUUGUGUGUUGGUGGUUGGGGGUUUGGUGUGUUGGGGGGGGGGGGGUGUGGUUUGUGGGGGGGGGGAUGUGUGGGGUAGGGGGGUGAUUAGGGGGGGUAUGGGGUUGGGGGUGGAGGGGGGUUUGGGGUGUGAAUUAUGGGGGGGUGGGUGUAAGGUGUUGGGUGGGGGGGUGGGGGGGUGGGAGUUUGUUUGUUUGGGUGGGGGGGUGGUAGUAGGUGUAGUAUUUGUUAUGGGAAUGGUUUUUUGGGGGUGGGGGGUGGGUUGUUGGUUGGGUGGGGGUUUGGGGGGUGGUUUUGUUAGUGUUGGUGGGUUAGGUGGUUGGGUGUUGGGGGGUUGUGUGGUGAUGGGUGGGGGUGGGGGAUUUUGGUUGGGUUUGGUUUUGUGUGGUGGUUGGGUAGGGGGGUGGGGUGGGGGAAUUUUGUGGGUGUGGGGGGUUUUGGGGGGGGGGGGGGGUGGUGGGGGUGGGUUGGUGUUGGGGUUGUGGGUUGGGGUGGGUUUGUGGGGGUGUUGGGGGGGGGUGGUGGGGUUGGUGGGUGUGUUGUUUGGGAUUGGUUGUGGGGGGGUGGGGUGGUUGGGGGGUAUGGGGGGGGGGAUGGUGAUGGAUAGGGGUGUGGGGGGGGGGAGGGGGUGUUGGUGGGGGUUUGGGGUGUUGUUGGGGUGUGUUGUGGGGGGGGGGGUGUGGGGGGGUGGUGGGGGGGGUGUGUGGGGGGGGAUUGGGUGGGGUUUGGGGUGUAAUGAGUUUUGGAAGUUUGUGUGUGGUAGGGAAUGGAUGGUGGUUGUAUAUGUGGGUUGUGGAAUUGUUUUUUUGUGA